AUGUCGGCCUCGAUUGCCAUUCCCAUGACGCCCACGUCGGGUGCUGCCUAUCGGGGCAGCCAGGCCUCCAAGGCCGCAGCCAGCUCAUCCUCCUCGUACUCCAGCUCGCCUAAGACGAACCCCUCACCGACAGUCCAGAAGCAGAAUAUAUUCCACGGCCGUCGCCCCAGCCUUCUCAGCACCGCCAUCUCCAAGCAAGAGUGCACUGUUAUCAACAUCGGCGACCCUGAUGGCCCUCCCCGCCUGCUCUCUUACCUGUCUUCAAGUCAAGGAUAUCUUUGGAACCCAGAGAUCUUCCUCCCACCCUAUUUCGACUGCGAUUACGAGCCGAUUGAGAAUCGACGAGACCCUGUCCACGAUAUUGUACUCACAGAUGAGGAGUCCAAGAGCAUGCUCCCGCAAUGA